CAACAUGGGAAAGUGAACAGGACGAUCAGUAGAGAUUUAUUACAUUUUAUUUUUGUGUUUAAAAAACGAUUCAAAGAAAGAAAUCAAAUCCAAUAGAAAUACUAAAAAUCAAUUAGACUACAUUUUAAAAAUACAACCGUUUGCUAAUUUAAAUCGGCGAAGUAUGUAGUGCCCAAAGUACUGAUCGCGAGCACCUGGCGACGGUUCGACAGAUUUUAACACACACAAAAAAAAAUUAGUGUACACAAAUAAAACAAUUUAUAAUGUUUAUACAAGAGCUUAGACAGGAUUUCUACAAUCGACUGGUGGGCAAACGCUUGCUUAUAAUCGUCAAUUAUGAUAUUGAUGCGAUAUGUGCGAGCAAGAUUUUACAGUCUCUCUUCAAGUAUGACCACAUGCUGUAUUCGGUGGUCCCAAUAAUGGGUUUGGCUGGUCUGCAACGUGCAUACAACGAGCACCAAGGCGAUGUCAAGUUUGUAUUGCUCGUUAAUUGUGGCGGUUGUGUAGAUAUUGUUGAAUUGCUGCAGCCCGAAGAGGAUGUAACGUUUUUUAUUUGCGAUGCUCAUCGGCCGUUAGAUGUGUGCAACAUUUACAGUGACCGGCAGGUUUGUAUAUUAGGCGAUCCAGCACUGGAAGAAAAUAUACCCGCGUUCGAGUCGAUAUUCUGCGAGUCGGAUGACUCGGAUAGUGAACACGAGCCAGAUGACAAUGGUGGUAACGAUAGCGGUACAGGCGGCUCCGGUGAAGAAGAUAGCGAAAGAGUAGAUCGACCACCCGCUCAAAAGUUAAGUCGCCUCGAGCGGCAUGAAAAACGCGUUUUAAAGCAACGUCAACGCCGCACCUGGGAGAAUGAACGUGAUCGCAUUAUGUUUGAAUACACACAAUACAGUUUUUAUGGACGCUCUACUGCGCUAACCAUAUUCGAAUUGGCCUGGAAAUUGUCAAAGGAUAAUAUGGAUUUGUUAUGGUGGGCCAUAGUUGGUCUUACCGAGCAGCUAAUAUUGGGUAAAGUCGAGAGUAGCGUUUACACGUUGGAAAUUGAAAACGUGCAGUCGCAUGUAUCGCGUCUAACUAAUAAAACCAACGAUCAGAGCAAUAUGAGUGCGUCGAAAAUCAAUUUUGAAAAUGAUCUGCAUUUAGUGCUAUAUCGCCAUUGGAGUGUGGUGGAGUCGAUGCGCUACUCGAUGUAUUGUGCAUGUAAAUUAAGAUUGUGGACAUUGCGUGGCGAGAAACGUUUACAUGAGCUACUUGUUGAAAUGGGUUUGCCGUUAGUGCAAGCGAGACAGUUGUUCAACUCAAUGGAUUUGGUGCUGCGUCAGGAGUUCUACAAAAUGUUGGAGAAAUUGGCGGAAAAGUAUGACAUUCCGGACAUAGUUUAUGGUUCGUUUACAUUGAAUUAUGGCUACCGCAAUCGAUAUGCCGCCGCCGAUUACGUUUACGGCAUGCUAGCUAUUUUAGAGUCAGUGAAAAAAGACAAAACACCAGAGGAUUGCUUCUUGGAAGCGUUGGAUAGUCUGUCGCGCAAUCAUCGCAACAUUAUGUUGGAAGGAAUUGAAAAUGCCAAACUGUUGCUUUCAUCCAUUUUCAAACAAGUACAAAGCAGCUUGGAAGCACAUCAAGUGCUCUCAACAGGCACAUUCUUAUAUUAUAUUUUAAACGAAGAAAAUGCUUAUUUCUCUUAUCCGUAUGGCUUAAUUUUGUUGGCCAAGUUUAUGCUAAACGGGCACGUGGCCGUGUCGCGUAGUCGUCAGGCGCCGGAUUUGCCGCUAAUCGCCAGCUGCCCGGUGGAUGUGGAGCGUGGACUCUGCUUACUAGUAGGCAUUCCACCUAUACGUGAGGCUUCACCAAAAAAUUUCUUUGGCAAAGCGUUCGAGCAGGCGGCUAGUAAAUGUAAUGCGGUGAUUUUACAGGAUUUUUUCGAAACUUCGCUGAUACAAAUUAGACAAAGUGAUAUGGCGAAAUUUUUAGAUGCGCUCACUGUACUUUUGGCUUAAUAAGCAUUGAUUUAGCAUAGGUAAUAGGAAAUGACGUAAAUUAGAAGUUAUAGAGAUGUUUUAUUUGUAAGAGAUGUAAGCGUUAUUUAACCCUUAUGACCUGAUAAGAUUGUUAGUUUUAGAUGUAUUUUAAUAUUUGUAAGCAAUACCGCAACGAAAACUUUUUAUGAUUGAUUUUGCAGUUACUGUUGAGAAAUUCGAGAGACAAACAGAACAAAAAUUGCGUAUUGAACCAAACGAAAUGUAAUGAGUAUUUAUUUUAAUGCAAAUUUAUAUGAUUUACAUAUCGCAUUUACAAAACGUCCGUUAAGAUGAUAGCAAAAUAAAAAAAUACUAAAAAGCUUAAGAUAUAAUACAGACAAA